UGUGACUUCGUGUUCAGAACGGGAGCGCCAAGUCGAGCCACUCGCUGCCGCCGACUUCCGUCCAUCAUGACCGAGAGCUUCCAAGAGUACUACGACACGUUCAAGGAGUUGCGCAAUGAAACGAUGAGCGUCAUUCGCUCUAUCCCGGAUGCGUCUCCGUCGCAGAAGGACAGCCUUGAACGCGAAGUCCGCAGCAAGUUGGAAGAAGUCGAGCGGUAUUUGCGCAUCCUUCAACAGGAGGGCAUGGGCGGCGAUGCCCAACAGAAGCGCAAGAUGCAAACGCAGCUGCGAUCAUGCACUUCGGACAUUGAAAAGCUCAGGAACAACUUGAACAAAGCGCUGUUGGUCGGUCAAGCGCAACAACGUGCGACUGUCGGCACUGGCGGGGCUCCCAUGGACGCCCAAAGCCAAGCGGCAGCGUAUCAAGAGCGCAUGGAUCGUACGGGUGGAUACUUGAACGAAGCGAAGAACAUCAUUGGGGAAACCGAGGCGAUCGGCGCCAACAUCAACAACAACCUCGCGCGCGACCGCGAAAUUCUAGAGCGCGCGCGGGAGAAUGUGCAUGAAACCCGCGCCGACACGCAGGAAGCGGGAGCUCACCUUAGCAGUCUGGCGCGAAAGACGUACGCGAACAUCGUGCUGUUGUGGGUGAUAAUCGUGUGCCUCGUGUUGGCCAUCGUCUUGGUCCUGCUCAAGAAGGCAGGUGUGCUCUAAUAGUUAUCCUCCUUGCAAUGUGAAUGCAUGAGAGUUCGAUCGCAGUGC